UGUGUUGAGAGCCUUGAGUCUUUCCCGCACGUCCUUGACCACACUCGCCCGCUUCGCCUCCUCUCUUACCCCGACGGCAAAAUCAUGAAGGUCGCCAGUGGUAGCGCCGCGGCCGCCGCCGGUCCCAGCUGCUCCCUGAAGGCGGGCAAGACCCCGGGAGGCGCGGGCGAAGUGGUGCGCUCCCUGUCGGAGCAGAGCGUGGCCAUCUCGCGCUGCGCCGGGGGCGCGGGGGCGCGCCUGCCCGCCCUGCUGGACGAACCGCAGGUGAAUGUCCUGCUCUACGACAUGAAUGGCUGCUACUCGCGCCUCAAGGAGCUGGUGCCCACCCUGCCCCAGAACCGCAAGGUGAGCAAAGUGGAGAUCCUCCAGCACGUCAUCGACUACAUCUGGGACCUGGAGUCGGAGCUGAGAUCUGAAUCCCAAGUCGGAACGCCCGGGGGUCGUGGGCUCCCCGCCCGGGCUCCGCUAAGUACCCUCAACGGCGAGAUCAGCGCGCUGGCGGCAGAGGCGGCGUGUGUUCCAGCGGACGAUCGCAUCUUGUGUCGCUGAAGUGCCAUCCUCUGAGACCCGCGGACCCCAGCCCUACUGGGGGCUAGAGAAAGAAGUGCUCUCUGAUCCUCUCAGGUGCCUCGAGGGAGCCGGGGAGGAACAGGACUGAGAUCGGAGGCCAUCCCGGACUUGCUGGAUCCAGCCCAGGGCUGGGGGACUGACUGGGCUGGCGACCCUCCCUCCACACAUAUCAGUCACCAGAGACUUGGGGGAAUCCCCCCAUUUGUUUCUAUUUUUUGAAAAACAGACAUUUUAAAAAAUGGUCACGUUUGGUGCUUCUCAGAUUUCUGAGGAAAUGAAUUGCUUUGUAUUGUAUAUUACAAUGAUCACCAACUGAAAAUAUUGUUUUACAAUAGUUCUGUGGGGUUUUGUUGUUGUUAUUAAACAAAUACUUUAGA